AUGUCCCGUGUCGGACUUGAUCUCACGCUUCUGAUUCAAUUGCCACUGGAGGGAGCAGGAGGGCAGAAAAGGGGGACGUAUAAAGUGGUAAAUUCUGAUACCAAAAUUCCAUGCAUAAUUCUACAAACCGACAUCACCUUAUAUUUAUCGUAUUAUACGACAACAGGAACAGAAGAAGCAACGAUUCACGUUCCUACAACUUCCACAGUAGACGCAGAUGUUUCCUCAUGCGACACGAUAAUCACAACAAGCAAUCACUCAAUAAAGUCGCAAUUACUUCGAAUAAAUUUGGACCACAUGCCUGGUUGGAGUAUUGAUUUGGCAUUCACAAAGGAUAAUAUGUUUAAAACGGAAAAGGGGACCGAGUAUACACUAUUCCAAAUUAACGUGACAGCAAACUACGGCAGCGAUCCGAGUUCAUACCCAGGAGUGCAAGAGCCAAUUCAGCAUUAUUAUUUGCCGAUUGAUCCAAACGAUUUGUCAGAUGUUUCGGGAUCGAUUUACGCAAAAAAUGGAAAUUCCUAUUAUUGUCCUAGUAGUCAGAAAUACGCGAUCAACAAAAAUACUAAAUAUGGUCCCUAUGCAUAUAUCAAAUUUAUACUAACAACGCUACAAGCUUAUAAAACGGACGGUGGAGGUUAUGGCAACCGCGAAACAUGCCCAUCAGAUCAACGCGUCACCGAUUUAGUCCCAAUUAUUGUUGGUUGCUCAUUGGCUGGAAUCAUAGUUCUCACAUUGAUUAUUUAUCUGAUAUACCGAAGUUGCUUGCCGUCAGAUGUCAUCAAUCUAGUGAACCCAGAAUCUAAUCACGCUUAUAGCAAUGAAAUUGAGGACGAUGAAUAA